AUGGAGGCUUCCACUGGCUCAGAAUCGACCUUGCAACAAAUCCAACAAUGGUAUCACCAAUGCAACUGCGAACAUAAGAAAUGCUCCGCCUCAAAAGAUGUCUCACUUCCCUCUCGACUAUUAUACAUCGAGGGCAAUUCGUUGCGUCUAUGCGAAUCUUCAAGUCUCCCAGUUCUUUGGUCAAAUGAACGCCCCCAGUACGCUGCCUUAAGUCACUGUUGGGGAGAUAUCGACUUCAUCAAGCUAUUGCAAUCUAACAUUUCGGAAUUUCUAAAUGAUAUUCCACUCAAUCAGCUUACCAAAACCUUCAGAGAUGCCAUUACUAUUACCAAAAGUCUUGGUCUUACAUUCUUAUGGAUUGAUUCAUUGUGUAUUAUUCAGGAUUCUAUUGACGAUUGGCGAAAAGAAUCAGCAUUAAUGGCAGACGUUUAUGGUGGCUCAGCAAUCACAGUUGCAGCAGCUGAUGCAAAGAAUAGUUCCAUAGGAUGUUUUUUUCAGCGUUCACCCAAAGAGAUUUGCUCUCUUCAUUUGCAAACAGCAAAAAGAUCAUACUCUGUCACCGAACUGAUGUCCCAGUCAAGUGGUGUCAAGAACAGCCUCCUCUUUAAACGAGCAUGGGCCUUCCAAGAGAGGGUUUUGUCACCCAGGAUACUACAUUUCACCCGCACCCAAGUGUUCUGGAAAUGCAGAGGCGGAGAACUUGCAAGUGAAUUGUAUCCUAUGGGAAUUCCAUCUUCUACAUUUUCUUAUCAUGAGACUCUCACAGACACGAUGAUGCGAAAUCCAUCUGUGUCAAGAUUACGAAGUUGGCUUGA